AUGCCAACCGGAGGCCAGCUUACUAUUGCAGCCAAUUUGACCAAAGAUCAGUUAGGACAAUCCGUUCAUCUUGUGCAUUUGGAGCUCAGGAUAACACAUGCAGGUGGUGGGAUUCCAGAAGGAUUGCUGAACCAGAUGUUUGGAAACGACAUAGCCAUAUCUGAGGAGGGCAUUGGCCUGCUCGUGAGCAGUAGACUGGUGAAGCUCAUGAACGGAGACGUAAGGUAUCUCAGGGAAGCGGGCAAGGCAACCUUCAUCAUAUCCGUGGAACUUGCUGCUGCACACAAGUUGAGCUCCUAA